GGAGGAUAAAGAUCUGUCCAAUUGAUGGUUGCAUCUGGAGACGUGGCGCUCUUCCACAAAAGCUGCAUGCUGUAGUCUUGCACAAGAGACCCAAUGUCUGUGGCAAAUGCGAAACACACGGUUCUAAAUCCGGUGAUCCCAUACACUGGGCCCAUACCUGGAGGUCUGCACCCAGGGGAGAUCGUCAUCAUUCAGGGCACUGUUCCUCCAGAUGCUGACAGGUUCCAGAUAGACCUGUCCAGUGGCUGCAGCACUAAGCCGUGCUCCGACGUUGCCCUGCACUUCAACCCUCGCUUCAGGGGCUCGCCCUGCGUGGUGUGUAACUCCCUGAAGCAGGAGAGCUGGGGCAAAGAGGAAACGCUUCACCAGCUGCCCUACAAACAGGGGGCCCCCUUCGAGACCAUCAUCCUGGUGCAUGAAGAUGGAUUCAAGGUGGCAGUUAACGGCUCUCAUUUGUUGGAAUACAAGCACAGAAUCCCAUUGGACAGGGUUGACACAUUUUCUAUUUCUGGGAAAGUCAGGGUACAUGCUAUUGGCUACAUACCAACCUCAGCAAUAUAUUCAGAAUCAGGCGACUUGAGUCUUCCUUACAAAGGCAGCAUACUCAGAGGUCUGAGCCCAUGGCAGCACAUCACAAUCAAGGGGCAGGUCAGCAUGUACCCUCACAGCUUUACGGUGAACCUACGCAACAGCAAGACAGAGAACAUCGCCCUCCAUCUGAACCCGCGGAUGAAGUCGGGCAUGUUCAUCAGGAACUCCUACCUGAAUGAGUGCUGGGGCAGGGAGGAGAGGGAGCUGCCCUUCUUCCCUUUCUCUGCAGGGGAAUACUUUGAGAUUGUAAUCCUCUGCCAACCUCACCAGUUCAAGCUGGCCGUGAAUGGCGACCACCUGUUAGAGUUCAGGCACCGGGUGCAGGACCUGAGCAGCAUCGACCAGAUGGAGAUCAUGGGAGACCUCGAGCUGACUGAUGUCAAACUGUGGUGACCCCGAGGACGUGGAAGUUGGGCCAUGCCAGGUUACUCCAGGUCUAGAAGGGAACCCGGGGUUUAGGUGUGGGGUGAGGCAAGGCUAGGCCAUUGUUGCUGUCAUUGAUGCUAAGCUAGGUCAUCUGUGGUGACCUAGACAAUGGAUGCAAGACCACAGCUAAGCCCUGCGCCCAUCUCAGCACUGAUCCAAAGUUUGGUCACAAGGUGAGCCCAUUCCAUCGAUUUCAAUCUAGGUGAGCGCCCCCCCUUUUUUUCCCCUUUUUUUUUUGUGGUGACACCGAGACUAUGAAUGCUAAACUAAGCUGUGGUACAUUACAUCCUAUCAUAGACUUACUAGGCCAAAUCAAUCUCCCCUGCACUGGUUAGGAAGACUGGUACAUAAUG